AUCGCAUCCCAUCGCUUUCUUCACAUUUUUUGCAUCUUUAAUUUCUCUCUCGCAUCACUCCAUCCCCAUUGGGCGUAUUUAUUGCAUUCCCCCAAAUUCAUAUUUUAAAUCCUCCCCAGUGCCGUUGCGAUUGAUUCGUGGAGCAGCAGGGAAGUGAUUAUAUCUUCCAGUAGUGAUGGGAUCGCCGAGAACGGCGGAGUCCGGUAGCCGCUCCUCCGGCCGAGCGUCGGUGAUCGAUUCGAUCAGGGGCUGCACGCUGGCCGGAGCGCGUAUUCCCAAGGAGGAGCUGCGGCGGAGGAUCACGAUGCCGGAGUAUCUGAGGCUCGCCAUGAGGGCCGCGAUUCGGGCCAAGGACGUUGACUCUGCCAAGCAGCAUUUCGACGCCGCUCACGCCGAAGGAGCCCAGCAACCCGACCCGCCCGAGUCUCCGGUUGUUGUCUUCAUCAAUUCCAAGAGUGGCGGACGGCAUGGCCCCGAGCUUAAAGCCCGCUUGCAGGAACUCAUGGCUGAGCAGCAGGUUUUUGACCUUCAAGAUGUGAAGCCUCAUGAAUUUGUUCAACAUGGAUUGAGCUGCCUAGAGAAGUUUGCUGGUCUUGGAGACACGUGCGCCAAAGACAUUCGUGAAAAGUUGAAAAUUGUGGUAGCAGGUGGUGAUGGGACAGUUGGGUGGGUCCUCGGAUGUCUUGGAGAACUUCAUGCAUUAGGCCGAGAGCCCAUUCCACCAACAGGAGUAAUACCACUCGGUACUGGAAAUGACUUGUCCCGUAGUUUUGGUUGGGGAGGUUCAUUUCCUUUUAACUGGAGAUCAACAAUAAAGAGAGUUCUUGAUAGAGUUACCAGUGCACCACUUUGCCAUCUAGAUAGUUGGAAGCUUCUAAUCUCAAUGCCAGCUGGAGAAAAAAUGGAGACACCUUACUCUUUGAAGUCUGCAGAAGAUUUAACUCUUGACCAGGAUCAGGGAAUUAAUGGGGUGUUUCCUGAGAAGCAAUCCUACUAUCAAGGAGUAUUUUAUAAUUACUUCAGCAUAGGAAUGGAUGCUCAGGUUGCUUAUGGUUUCCACCAUUUACGGAAUGAAAAGCCAUACCUUGCCCAAGGUCCUAUUUCAAACAAGUUGAUUUACUCAGGAUAUAGUUGCAAGCAGGGCUGGUUUUUCACUCCUUGUACUAGUGACCCUGGAUUAAGGGGAUUGAAAAACAUACUGCGUAUUCAGAUUAAAAAGGCCAAUUGCUCAAACUGGGAACUAAUCCCUGUCCCAUCAAGUGUUCGGUCCAUUGUUGCUCUUAAUCUUCCAAGCUACGGAAGUGGAAGGAAUCCCUGGGGCCAUUUGAAGCCAGAUUAUUUGGAGAAGAGAGGGUUUGUUGAGGCUGCUGCUGAUGACGGGUUGAUUGAGAUUUUUGGCCUUAAACAAGGGUGGCAUGCUUCCAUGGUUAUGGUUGAACUCAUCUCUGCCAAACACAUAGCCCAGGCUUCGGCGAUCAGAUUUGAGUUGCGAGGGGGAGACUGGAAAGAAGCUUAUAUGCAGAUGGAUGGCGAGCCAUGGAAACAACCAAUGGACAAAGAGUUUUCUACGUUCGUUGAAAUCAAGAAGGUACCCUUUCAAUCGUUAAUGCUCCGUGGGGAUUCCUAGAUCUUGUGUUGACAAGAAGAAAAAGAAAACCAAAGAAGGAACACUUGAAAAUAUUUCAAUGAACAGUUUAAUUGUGGAAGGAAGGCCUUACUUCAUCAUCCCAUUGUUCUUUUAACCAAUACAGCGUCCAACUAAAGUGUUAACUUGUGUCAAUAUAUCCCUCUAUCUGUUUGUACACUAAACGAAUCAUUUCUUUGGACAGAAAGAAUGUUAUGUAAUUGUGUACUCAAAGAUCUGUCUCACUUCUGAUAUUACAAAACAUUGGUAUCCUAUAAUUUAUUAUAUCAAAAUAUAUCUUGUGAAGAAGCUUCUCUCUUUGUUCGGAAUUAAGCUUAUCUAGUUAU